AUGUCCCCCUACACUCAAUACACCACACACUUCCUCACAGCCAGUAAAACCUGCCCAGUCUGUGAGAUGCAAAACGUUGACACUCUCCUCUUCCUGGUGAUGUGGGGGUGGAAUAUAGAGGCGCGGACUAGACUCUUCGCGCAGAGGAGGCCACCCUGGUGGAAGAGGGACAGGAGGAACAAAUUGAAGAUUGUCACCAUUGCGCCGAAGGGGGGGAAGGAUCCGUUUUGGCAUUAA